AGUGCGCGUGCGCGUACAAACCACUAUAUAUCUCACCUACGAGUGUCGACUAUGACGUCUACGUCAUUUAUGUCUCUGAACAGACGACAGUGCAAAGCAGGACCGUGCUCGACCGCCACCCCCGACAAAUCCUUCUCAAGUCCACAGUCAACGCAUAGGGGCUCUCCUGGGCGUGGCUAAUGCAUACCCCACAACACAGCCCCUUCAUUAUGCCUCCGCAAGACCCUCCCGGAGCAACGCCACAGCGCGCGUGGCCUUGCGCGCCGUUGCUUUGUCCUUCCUCGCUUGGCGACACGCUCCGUGGUGGCGCAGCCCCCGCACAAAGAGCUGCGCCACGCGCCCUGAAUGCGAGGGCACGCUUUGGCUAGCGUGUCACAUCCGUUUUGUGCUUUGCGCGGGGAUGUGGGAAGCCUGGACGGUGGCCUUGCGUGCGCGGUGCUUGGACCUGGUGGCCGUGGCGGGUUCCGCCUUUAUAGCUGCGUGCGGGUGGGGCUCGCGUCCCUUGUACUCUUGCUCUCGUUCUUGCUGUUCUGUUCGUGCUCUCUGCUCUCUCUGCUCUCGCCCCCGCCUUUCGUUCAUCCCGAUUGCGCCUCGCCGCCUCACUGUCCAUUCCUCGUUCACACCCUGUGCUAUCCGCGACCUCGACCUCGACAUCCCCAAGCAACCGCCACAACCGUCCCACCGCGAUGUUCACCAAGCUCGGCUCUCUCCUCGAACGCACCUUCAGCAACAAGCGCAGCCGAAGCCCCACCAAACGUAGCCCAGCCAAACCGAGCAGCCGCUCGCGCGCACGCGCCCUCUCCGAACCUGCCAC